ACUUCUCUGUUAGACGCCAUAACUCUUUAAUACUUUAGAAAGAAGCCAAGGAAGAAGACAAUUAAGGCAAGUAAGCGAGUGGGGUAAAUGGAAUUAAGACUGAGAAUCAUUUUUGCUCUGUAAUUGGAAGCUUUAUUGGUUUUGAUUGCAUUCCGAUUGAGGCGGAGGAGAGAGGGGGAGGAAUGAAGAUGAAGGCGACGGCGGCGGUGGAGUUCAUUGUGGCGGCGGUGUUGGUUGCGGCGGUAUGGACGGAUGGAAGGGAUGUAUCGUACGAUGGGAGGGCGCUUUUGAUUAAUGGGACGAGAAGAAUUCUAUUCUCUGGAUCCAUUCAUUAUCCGCGAAGCACUCCGGAUAUGUGGCCAUCUUUAAUUGCCAGUGCAAAGUUAGGAGGACUUGAUGUGAUUCAGACUUACGUUUUUUGGAACAUGCAUGAGCCUGUUCAGGGACAGUAUAAUUUUGAAGGGAGAUAUGAUUUGGUGAGAUUCAUCAAGGAAAUUAGGGACCAGGGCUUGUUUGUUAGCCUGAGAAUUGGGCCAUUCAUUGAAGCAGAGUGGAAAUAUGGGGGAUUUCCAUUUUGGUUACAUGACAUUCCAAAUAUAGUUUUUCGAAGUGAUAAUGAACCUUUUAAGAUCACACCUGUUUGCCGGAGAAAAGUUUCUGUUCUGUGCUCGCGCCUCCUUCCCGCAGGCACUCCCAUGCGUCCAACAGAACAAAUCAGGAAUUCCUCCUCUACCUCUCGUACGACAAUAACUGCCUCUCCAGAGCUGUCGCACCUCGCCAAACUGCUCAGGUCCUCCUACUUCGCGAACUCCCGAACAGAGAACUCCCCGAACCCUUCACUGCGCGAUCUCCGCCUCUUCCCUCUGGCCGAGCUGCUCGCAAGACCGAACUCCUGCUCCGAAAUCCUCUGCUGGCAGCCCUGUCGCAAAUUUUCGGCCCUCGCUCGCGGACUGUUUCUCCUCCGUCUCGCCGAACCGCACAACUUGCGGUGCGAAUCCAGUCGAUCAAAGCUUCCACUGCUCAUCGAAUCUGUCGCGAUUCAGCUGCCUGCGAUCUGUUCGUGA